UCUCUGCAGUACAUAUUCUGGGCUGAUAUUUCUAAAUUCGUUUUUCGUUCUCGCGAUUCCGGAACACAGGUGCGUGUUACCGGGUUGGGAGAACGACACAUAUGCCAUCCAGUCUCCGGCCCACCUGGCAGCUAUUAACCAGACCAUACCUACCACCGACGACAAACACCAGUAUGAACAAUGCAACUUUUGGGUCGCCGACGCCGACGGAAAUGAGCACCAAGAACAGUGUAGCCAGUGGGUUUAUGACAAGUCUGUAUUCACGUCCACUCUCGCGGCCGACCUGGACAUGGUGUGUGGGCGUGCCAUUAUGAAGUCGAACGCCCAGAUGAUCUUCUUCUUUGGUCUUCUUGCCGGCUCCUUCCUCACUGGUCUCGCCUCCGACAGGUUCGGCCGGAAACGGACGAUGAUGGUGUCCACCACGAUAUACGUGCUAGCGGCUACUGUGAUCGCGUGGACGCCAAGCUACGUCGUUUACGUUCUACUUACGUUCUCCGUUGGCUUCUUUGCCGUUGGAAACUUCAUGCCCGUUUUUGUUAUCGGGAUGGAGUUUGUGGGUCCCCCGUACCGACGGAUAGCUGGAGUUGUGAGUGGCUUCGAAUGGGCAGCCGGGAACAUAAUCCUGGCGGGGCUUGGCUACCUCAUCCGGGACUGGAAAACACUGCAGCUGGCGUGCGCCCUUCCCGGAGUGCUAUUCCAGCUCUGGUGGAAAUAUUUCCCUGAGUCACCCCGCUGGUUGUACACUCGUGGCCGCCUAGCGGAUUGCGAAUCCGUCAUCAGGUCCGCCGCAAAGUGGAACAAGAGGGAACUUCCGGCAGGCUUCUUCAACAAAGUGUUCAAGGAAACGCCGCCAACGAAAACCGAACGCAUAUGGCAUCUUUUCACCAACAGAGCCCUUCGUAUUCGAACCCUUACUAUCUUUUUUUGCUGGUUUGCAGUGUGUCUGUCGUACUACGGGCUCGCCCUCAACAUUGGGAACAUUGGUGGGGACAUGUUUCUCAACUUCUUCCUCCAAGCACUCAUGGACAUUCCGGCAACCAUUAUUACGCUCGUGCUUCUCGAUCGCACCGGAAGAAAGCCGCUUCAGGUCGCCAGUUUCCUCAUCGGUGGCGUUGGGUGUCUGGCGACAAUGUUUACAAUCAUGUAUGGAAAGGAAGACUAUCAAACCGUAACAACAGUACUGGCAAUGCUGGGUAAGGUUGGGGCGUCGAUGGGGUUCUCCAUGGUGUACGUUUACUCCGCGGAACUCUUCCCGACGGUUGUCCGUAACGCUGGCAUGGGAUCCUGCUCCGCAGUGGCUCGAGUCGGGGGCAUGUUAGCACCGUUCAUAGCUGACCUGAACCGGCUGGUUGGAGGAAGUUUCGGGCCGGCGCUGCCUCAGCUGGUGUUCGGGAGUCUGACUGUUGUAGGGGGCUUUUUGUCGUUACUCCUGCCGGAAACGUGCAACCGCCGGCUCCCGGAAACCAUCCAGGAGGCAAUCGACUUUGGCAAAGAAUCAGAUGAAACAGGUGAAAAGGAAGUAGAGCUGAAAACAGAGAAAGAGGUGUAUGAAAACAAGGCGUUCGAGGAUUCAAACCUCAAUACCAAACUGUGAUAUGAUUAAUAUGUACUUUCAGAGAAAAUUCAAAAAACAACUUUUCAAUCGAUGAAGCGGACAGCCGAACAUUUUUGUAUAAAAACAUGCAAACAUGAUUAGAUAACACAGAUAUGUCAUAGCUUAAUUACCUCAAGUGAGGGGAAGUUGAUGUUGGAGGCUUAUUGUAGCUAAGCGUGUUUUACAGACCACACCCAACAAUGAUGGGAAACGACUACAGUUUUAAAAACGUUUAUUUUUAAACAUAUGGGAUGUACGGAUGG